GGUGGGCGGAGUCAAACGUUUGAUUGCUCUGAGCGCACAAUAUUAAUUUUGGACUUUGAUCUUUCAUGGACACUAAGCGACAGAAAUGAUUCGUGCACUCACACUCGUCCUCUUUGCGUUAGGACUCUUCCAGACAGGUCUAACAUCUGUAAUCCAGUCUGUGGAGACUGUGGAGGAGGCAGUGGGAGAAGAUGCUCUCCUCAGCUGUCAGGUCCUAAAGUCUGAAAAGGUGGUGCAGGUCACAUGGCAGAAACAGACGAUGGAUGACGUGACCAAUCUCGCCACCUCCAACACUAUCUUUGGUUCCAGGGUGAUGUCAGACUUCAAAGACAGAGUGGUGGUGAAAGAUGGUGGACUGCACAGCCGCUCAAUAGUGAUCAAGAAUGUGACGGAGGAGGAUGAAGGCUGCUACCUCUGCCACUUCAUCCCCAAACCUGCUGGAGCACUCCCUGGCAGAACCUGCCUCAAGGUCUAUGAGCUGCAUGAACCCGUUCUACACGUGAGAGAAUCAAAUUCAACUGAUGAGUUCCUGGUUUCCUGCUCCGCCACAGGACGACCUGCUCCAACUGUAACUCUCAACGUCACACAGCAAGACUUCUACCUCUCACAGAACCAAACUGUGUUGAUCAACACAAACGGUACAUUCACUGUCACUGCCACAGCCAUGUUGGCAGGUUUCCAUGAUGCUGGCACACUUGUUGGAUGUGCCGUGCAGGUGCUCUCCUGUCGUAAAGAGGCGUUUGUGGAGAUUCCUGACGUGAAACUGAUGCCUCCCAGUGGUGAGAAACACUUCUACAGCCACACAUUCAUAGAAUGA